UAUAUAAACUGAGUACUUAAAGAAUAGUUGGCAGCUGUGAUGAGGGUCGGUGGAGGCCAGGUGGAGGGUACAGUGUGUGUGUGUGUCAGUCAGUCCUCCGCUGGUGGUGCUGCGAAGUCGCCAACAAGGUGAGGCUGGUGAUGUAAUAGAAUGACAGCCAGUCAGAGUAGAGAAGCAUUAACCAUGGAUAUGAACCAGUCCGCCGCCUCCGUCUCCUUCGGCAAGAGGAACGGCUGCUACGUGAAGAGAGGCGUGGCCUUCCUGCUGGGACUGCUCUUCGUCAGCUCGGUCGUGGCCACGGGGCUCCUCGUCUACUACUACGCCCCGCAGGUCAGGCAGCCCCAACAAAAAUCUCUGGACAUUAAAGAGACUACGGCGAGUGGUUUUCAGCGGCCCACCACCACUGCUCCUCCAGUUGUAACAUCUACCGCCAUGCCAGCUAAGGAGAAAAUAAAUGUGAGGCUACCCAGAGCCUUGAAGCCUCUCCACUAUAUGGUAAAGCUUCAACCAUUUAUCAAUGGCAACUUUAGCAUCACGGGGCACGUGGAGGUUGAGAUGGAGGUUGUGGAGCCGACCUCCAACAUCACCCUCCAUAUUGCUGACAUAAUUACAAAGAACAACACAAUCAAGUUGACACCAUCUGACAGUCGGAGCGGACCCGGGCUAAUGAUCUCCAGACACUUGUAUGACAAUGAACGACAGUUUUACACUGCCAUUCUGAACAAGGAGCUGCGGCCUGGCGAGAAGUACGUUCUCGCUAUGGACUUCGUUGGUUACCUCAAUGACCAGCUGAGAGGUUUCUACAGAUCUCAGUACAAAGAUGCCCAAGGGCAAGAGAAGUGGAUUGCCGUAACACAGUUCCAGCCAACGGAUGCCCGAAGAGCUUUCCCAUGUUUUGAUGAGCCCGCAAUGAAGGCCACGUUCGAAGUAUUCCUGGCCAGGGAGACCGCGAUGUCUUCCAUUUCAAACAUGCCCAAGUUUGAGACAAUGCCAGUCGAGGGCCAGGAGGGGUGGGUAUGGGACCACUUCAACACCAGCGUGCCAAUGUCCACCUACCUCGUCGCCUUCGUCGUCUCCGACUUCGCUCAUAUGGAGUCCAACGACAAUGAUCACGUCCUCUUCAGAGUGAAGGCUCGCCAAUCUGCUAUUCAGCAGGCAAACUACGCCCUCCAGACAGGCCCCAAAAUUCUCACCUUCUUUGAGAAAUACUUCAACGUACCUUACCCUCUCCCUAAGCAAGACAUGAUCGCCAUUCCCGACUUCUCUGCCGGAGCCAUGGAGAACUGGGGACUAAUCACUUACAGGGAGACGGCCAUGCUGUACGACCCGCUGGUGUCGGCCGCGUACAACAAGCAACGGGUGGCUGUGGUGGUCGCUCAUGAGCUGGCUCACCAGUGGUUCGGCAACCUGGUCACCCCUGACUGGUGGACCGACCUCUGGCUCAAUGAAGGAUUCGCCUCCUUUAUGGAGUACGUCGGUGUGGACCAUGCUGAGCCCACCUGGAAGAUGAUGGAUCAGGUGGUGCCUGAGGCUCUUCAGGAUGUGUUCUCCUUAGACUGGCUGGAGUCGUCUCACCCCAUCAGCAUCCCUGUCGGACACCCGGACGAGAUCAAUGAAAUAUUUGAUCGUAUCUCGUACUCAAAGGGUGCAUCUAUUAUUCGCAUGAUGAACUACUUCUUGACGGAGAGCACCUUCAGAAGGGGCCUCUCUAACUACCUCAACCAACUAAAGUACAAGAGCGCCGAGCAAGAUGACCUGUGGCAGUACCUGACGGAGGCUGCACAUGAAGACGGCACACUGCCGCCACACGCAACAGUCAAGAAGAUCAUGGACACAUGGACCCUGCAGAUGGGCUACCCUGUCAUCAAGGUGACGAGGAGCGCUGACGGCACCUCUGCUAAGGUUACUCAGGAACGAUUUCUGCUGGUGAAGAGCGCGAACUCUUCCGACACCCACGACUACAGGUGGUGGGUCCCUCUGACCUACACCACUCAGGAUAACCCCAAUUUUAACAACACGAAAGCCAUGGUGUGGAUGAAGGAGUCUGACAAGGAGGUAACCGUCCCUUCGCUGCCUGGGAAGGACCAGUGGGUCAUCUUCAAUGUACAAGAGACGGGUUAUUAUCGAGUGAACUAUGACGAGCAGAAUUGGAAGUUGCUCAUCCGGCAGUUGAAUACCGACCACCUGGCCAUCCACGUGAUCAACCGCGCUCAGAUCAUCGACGACGCUAUGGACCUCGCACGAGCUGGUCAGUUAUCGUACCAGACGGCACUGGGGGUGAUCGCCUACUUGGAGAAGGAGGAGGAGUACGUACCGUGGUACUCGGCACUGGAGAACCUUCACUACCUCAAGCAGAUGUUUACCCGCUCUGGCAACUAUGGCGCUCUCAAGAACUACCUGCUCUCCAUCCUCACUCCGCUCUACAAUUCUGUGGGUUUCGAGGACAAUAUAAGCGACCCUCACCUGGAGCAGUUCAAGCGUGUGAGGGCACUGAGGUGGGCUUGCACCCUCGAGCACAAGGACUGUGUCGAGAACUCGGUCGCUCUCUAUCAGAAGUGGAUGCAUAAUCCUACCAACCGCAGUAUUGUGUCGCCGAACUUGAAGAGCACAGUGUACUGUGCCGCUAUUGCUGCCGGAGGCGAGGAGGAGUGGAACUUUGGGUGGAAGCAGUACCUGGCCUCCAACGUCGGCUCUGAGAAGUCGACGCUACUCUCUUCACUGGGAUGUACCAAGAAGAUUUGGAUCUUGUCUCGGUACCUUGACAUGACCUUCACAGCUGGCAGUGGUAUUAGGAAGCAAGAUGCAAGAACUGCGUUCUCCUCCGUGGCCAUGAACAGUGUAGGUCACUACCUGGCCUGGAACUAUGUUAGGGAUAAAUGGCAGAACAUUAUGGACUACUAUGGAUCAGGCCUGUUCACCAUUCCUAAAAUCAUCCAGGUGUCUACAGAAUCCUUAAACACUGACCUGGAACUGAAGGAGCUGAAGCUGUUCAAAGAAAGAAAUUCUGGCAACCUGGGUACAGCUAAAAGAGCUGUUGAUCAAGCUAUUGAGAAAACUGCCAAUAACAUUGCUUGGGUAGACACCAACCUCAAGGUUAUCAUGCAGUGGCUUCAAGACCGAGGCUUCUCCAUCAAACUCAGCAGCCAGUGAACGCUACACUCUGGCUUCCCGGACGCAGUCAGACAUCCUUAACACUAAGGUUAUGAGUGUGUAUUUGGUGCUCAUGAAUGUGUGUGUGUGUGUGUGUGUGUGUGUGUAUGAAAGAUUUAAAUGUUUUUCCCUACAUCAUAUUUACAGAUACGCACACUGGUGGAAAUAGUACCCUGGAAACACAAACCGAAACUGUCUCUGUUUUCCGCGUGUUACAACUUGUAAUAAAGUUGUUACAUCUUGGCUCAACGUGUUUAUGACGUAUUAGAACGUUGUUCAACUUGCUAUAUUGAUUGUUAUAACUGGUUAGGAGGUGUUAAAACUUGUUCGAACGUUGUAGUUUCGGUGUGUGUUUGGCGGGUAUCCAAUAGUAUUUUUAUUUUUAUUCACUCAUUUCCAAGUGAGACACGGAAAGAACUUGUUUAGUGUCAGAGUAGUUAACAAAUGGAAUGCACUAGGAAGUGAUGUAGUGGAGGCAGAUUUCACACACACAGUUUCAAAUCUAGAUAUGAUAGAGCCCAGUCGGCUCAGGAAUCUGUAAACUGGUUGAUUGCCAGUUGAGAGGCGGGACCAAAGAUCUCAACCCCCCGCAAGUACAAUUAGGAGAGUACACGCUCUCACUAACUCCCUGAGAAGGGGUACCCGGGUCUGCCUCCUUCACUAUCACUAAUAACACUGUGACAACAUUUCACACAGACUUUAUGGAUUGUGUUGAUGAACCGAUUAAGAGGAAAACAUAUCGUGAACAUUUUUGUGUUUUAAAGGGGAAGCAUUUGUUAACUUUGGCAUGAUCAGCACAGUUUCUGAUAUGGCCAAAAAUGAUUGUAACUAUUCAGUCCAGUCAUAUGAUAUUGACAUUUUCCUGGGAGGUCACAUUGGCAGUGUGACUUGGUACUAGUUUCUUUGACGAAAAGUCUGACCCGCCCAUGUUGGGCACGUACCCAAGAGCUAUUACUGGGAAAAACUGGUAAACCUAGCACCAAGUAUCUGGCUUCCAACCUCAGACAGAUACUUCCAUUCAUUUAUAUGCAACAAAAUCAGUAUCAUAAAAGAUUGUUACGUGGAAAUAAUCGCAUUCAAAAGGAAAUAAUUAGAAACUAUUUUCCCUAUAGUUGUACAUUGUGUACGAGUAGGCUACAGUGAAGCCUAUACUAUCCUAGUGGUCUCAUGCUUUGUUCACUUAUCCUCUGGUUAUUUCUGCAUAGACAUGUAUCUUACAUGAUAUCAACAUAUAUUUAUAUAAACUAUAUUUUUUAUAUAUUAUCCAGACAUUUAUAGAAGCUUGUGAGCGCAUUUUUGUAUUGUACCUGCACAACAGUUGUAUGUCAUAAACACUUAUAUUAUUAAUUAUAAUUUUACGGGGGAAGCUCAUGUUUAUCUGGGGCCAGAUUCACGAAGCAGUUACGCAAGCACUUACGAACCUGUACAUCUUUUCUCAAUCUUUUGGCGGCUUUGUUUACA